AUGGCGCCUGUCAAAGUUUCCUGGCACCGACUUGUUCGAUACGUUUCUGCCGAUGACGGGCAGGUUCAUUAUGGAGAUGCAAUCAUCGACGCCAACGAUGUCGAUCGGAUCGCCGAAAUAGCUCGCGAAGGCAAGCUCAAGGUGACUGUCUUGGAGGGGAAUGAGCCAAUCACUCUCACACGUACGGACAGAACCGAUACUGUAAAGAAGCUUCUGGGUCCCAUAGAGGUGCAAAACACGCCAGGCUUCAGGUGCAUUGGGUUGAACUACAAGUCGCAUAUCCUAGAAGCAAGCAGAACUCUACCACCUUACCCAACGACUUUCACCAAACCGCCACACUCCGUAGCGGACCACGACGAAGACAUCCCGAUCCCUCGAUGGGUAUCAAGGAAGCUCGAUUAUGAAGGCGAGCUCGCGUUCAUUGUCGGUAAGACGGGCAAAGACAUCUCUGAGAGAGACGCAUUGGAUUAUGUGGGCGGCUACACAGCCGUGAACGACGUCAGCGCCCGAGAUUGGCAGCGUGAUCCCGAACUCGCAGGCAAAGUACCGCAGUGGAACUAUGGCAAAUCGGUCGACAAAUUCGCACCACUGGGUCCAGUCCUCGUCGCACCUCACGUCCUAGGUGCGGCUGAUAAUUUGGGGCUGAAGACGUAUCUCAAUGGCGAGCUGAGACAGCAAGGCAACACAUCAGACUUGUGCUUCGGAAUACCACAAAUCAUCGCGUUCUUAUCCCGUGGAACCACAUUGGAGAAGGGCACAGUGGUCUUGACUGGUACUCCGGGCGGCGUAGGCUUGUUCAUGAACCCGCCAGGCUUCAUUCAGGAUGGCGAUACAUUUUCGGUGUGGGUGGAGAAGAUCGGUACGCUGUCGAACAAGUACGUCUGGACAGGCGAGGAUAGACUGCAUUUGUUCGAUAGAGCAGCAGAGAAUGGCAGCAGCUGA